CACCACCCUGCGCCCCGGCCGCGACGAUCCGGCCGGACCUCGGAGCGAGGGCCCCGCGCGCAAGCAGCUCGGGGACGCGGCUGCGGCCGCCCGGUGGGGAGGGGCCGAAGCGGGACACCCGGUCCGCCGCGCUCCGUUGGAUGCGGCAGCCUCUCAGCCCUGCGAGUAGUAGGGGAGGCGCUGCGACCCCCGCCCCCGCGGAUCGGACCGGCGCCAGCCUCCCAAGCCGCGGGAGAACCUCCUGCCGUCUGACUGGAGUCCCCGCUGCUGCAGUGCACGCCCCUUCGGCAACCAGGGUGGGGCCCCCACCGAACCUGGCCCCUCCUGCCCCCACCUCGCCUUUGGGUCGCUGACUCGAAGGCUGCGGUGAGGUUCCGGAGCCAGCACCACGGAGCCCCGGCGACCACCUCCACCCACCCAUGCCCACCGCGCAUGAGGCUGACAAGCAGCACACAGGGCCAGAGGAGGCGGACCGGGCGCCCUCCAUGUCCAGUCAUGAUGCAGUGCCCCCGGCUGCCCCUGGCCGCAGCCCCUGCUGCUUGUGCUGGUGCUGCUGCUGCAGCUGUUCCUGGAAUGAAGGGCAGCGGCGGGCAUGGCGGGCCCCUGGGGACAGCAAGCUGCAGGCCCUCCCCGGCUGUGAAGCCUGCGCACCGAGCCUCGAGGAGGUGCAGAGCUGGGCACAGUCCUUCGACAAGCUGAUGCACAGCCCCGCGGGGCGUAGCGCCUUCCGGGCCUUCCUGCGCACCGAGUACAGCGAGGAGAACAUGCUCUUCUGGCUGGCCUGCGAGGAGCUCAAGGCCGAGGCCGACCAGCACGUGGUGGAUGAGAAGGCACGGCUCAUCUAUGAGGACUACGUGUCCAUCCUGUCCCCCAGGGAGGUGAGCCUCGACUCCCGCGUCCGGGAGGGCAUCAACAAGAAGAUGCAGGAGCCGUCCGCGCACACCUUCGACGACGCGCAGCUGCAGAUCUACACGCUCAUGCACCGGGACUCCUACCCCCGCUUCCUCGGCUCCCCCGCCUACCGCGCCCUGCUGCUCCAGGCCAGCGCCCAGUCCUCCCCCGAGGAGGCCUAGACUGCCCCCCUCUGGGCAGAGACUCAGGUCACCUUCCCCAUGUGGGGCAGCUGGUGUCACCCAGCACCCUGGGGGCCGUCCCAGCCCCGAGCGGUGGGGGAGGCCAGGAGCCCUCCCCACCAGGGGACCCCGUGCCCCGAGGGCCUGCUCACAGGCAGGUGUGCCGGCCAGCGAGGCUCCUGCCUGGUGAGAGGAAGACCCUGCUGGGAGCGUGGACCCUCUGGCCUCCCCACGCAGCUGGGGGCCUGAGAGAGCAGGACGGGACCCUCCGACUCGGGCUGUGAUGCCCAGAACCAGACGCAGAGCCUCUGCACCCGGCUUUGGGGACAAGGCCGGUGUCUCUGUUACACGUCUGUUAACUGUAAACCGGGAAACGCAUCCUCAUGUGUUUCAUCAAAAAAAGCCUCAGUUCAUCUCCGCA